AUGACUGGUGACGCGUUCAGCCCGGAGUCCGUGGUCCUCCCGAGCGGGGUGAAGGCCCUGUGCAAGGACCAGGCGUUGCGGGCGUCAGUCCUGGUGUCGAUGCCAACCCUGGACGAGGGUGGCCUGGCGGUCCGGCAGCUAGGAGGCGACCCCAAUCGCGGGCUCCACAUCCCCGGCGCCUCCCCACCCGCCAGCAGCGCGCCAGCCAAGGUCCCGGGGGGCCAAGUCCCGAACGUCCGGCCUCUGCCGGGAAGGGGAAAGAGAAGGCCCACAUCUGACGCGUCUGCCGGUGACGCUCCAGCUGGGGUGUCCAGCCCCCAGCCAGUACCUUCUUCCUCCCCUGUUGGGGAGUCGGCGACAACCCCAGCAAGGUCUCCGCCCACGCCAGUACCACCUGUUACCGGACCAGGAGGUCCGGAGCCAGAGGCCGCCACACCUCCCAGGCCCGAAGCUGCCCCGCAGAAGGAGGCCACCGGACCUGCUGCGACGACAGAGGCGCCAGCAGCUGCAGCGGCGCCGGACGCCGUGGCGGAGCCCCCUCCAGCCGAGCCAGCAGCAGAGGAGGCUGCAGCAAUGGCAGAGGCGGCAGCGCCGGAGGCUGCGGAGGUGCGGAGGCAGCGGCGCCGAAAGCUGCAGAGGUGCCGAAGGCUGCGGCGCCGGAGGUCGCCGAGGUCGCCAGCACCACUCCACCUGCGCAGGAGGAGGAACUGGAGGUGGUGCUGGGAAGGCGCCUUCUGCCAAGUCCAGCUGAGGUCCCCCUCCCCCGCCUCUUUGCCAAGAUUCAGCAAGUUCAGGAGGAGCUGGAGGCAGGCUCUCGACCGGGAGGUGGCAGCUGCCCAACGGGAGAGAGCGGCCACACGGCAGGAGAAGCAUGCCCUCGAGCGGGAGCUCGUGGCGGAGAAGAGGGUGCAGGCGGCGGCGGACAGGGAGAAGACCGCCUUGGAGCUGGCUAACCAGUCCAAGGUGGUGGUGGAGGUGACCAAGGCGCAGGAGGCUGCCCUUGCAGAACUGGAGGCAACCGCGGUGGAGAGAGAAAACAGGCUUGCCGCCCGCGAAGUAGAGGAGGCAGCCCGUCUCCAGGAGCUCCAGGAGCGGGAGGCGGCCGUGGAGGAAGAGCUGGCGGCCAGGACCUGGAGGCUCCAGGAGUGCAAGGCGGCCCUCCAGGAAAGGGAGGCCAAGGUGGAGAAGUUCCUGACGAAGUGGAGCGCCAGCGUUGACCGAAUAGUGAGGUGGGUCGGUGAAGUGAACACCCUGGAUGCACUUGGGCUACGCCCCAUCCGGGUCAUGGAGACCCCAUCCUCACUUGGAGCCGUCCUCUCGGCGCUGGAUUCCACCGCCGAGCAGCUUCGACACAUGGAGGCCACCAUUUUCGACCUCUUGGAGACAGAGGGGCGGGCGAUCGCCCGAGGGAUGGCAGAAUACAUCCUCACCUGCCUUCGGAGCCACGACCUCUCCUGCCCGCUGACUCCAAUUUUAGUUGGUCCGAUCCCGGCGACGGCGGCCGCUGCACAGGAGAGCGUGCAGGAAGCAGCGGACAUGGUGGCGACUCGUGUUCGGCGCUGUCCUGGACCUACAAAGGGAGAAGCUUCCUCUGGACCUCCAGCAGAAUAG